AUGACAGCUUAUGGUCAUUUGCCUGGCGAAGCAAUUGAAUGUCUCAGUAUUCCUGUUGAAUUGCAUAAACAGCAAAUAAUUGAUGAAUUCGGGCAAAUGGUGAUUCGAGUUGGUUUUCGAAUUGGCGGCGGAAUCGAUCAAGAUCCAACAAAAGCCCCCUACAAAUAUCCGGAUGCUGGAAUUUAUAUAACGAAUGUGGAACCUGAUUCACCAGCGUCGGAAGCGGGAUUGAGGAAACAUGACAAGAUUUUGCAGGUAAAUUUAUAAAUAAUGGAAUUUUGUUAGAGUUUGGACUUACACAUCGAGAGCUGAAACUUGAAUUAGAGUGCACUUGACCUUACGCAAUACAACAGCUCGCUAGACCUCAAAUUUUCUAGUAGAUCAAAAAUAUUUCUCUCCAAAAAUACUGUAGCUCUAUUCAGCUUUUCUUCCCUUUCUCAAACUCUCGAAUUGUACGUUUCAAAUUUUUAAUAUAAUUUUCCAGGUGAAUGGAAAUGAUUUCACAAUGAUGACACAUGAUCGAGCUGUAAAAUUCAUCAAACAAUCAAAUGUUCUUCAUAUUCUAAUUGCUCGAGCUGAUCUUCCACCAGUUAGCUCACAUUAA